CCCCGCCGGCCCCCCGGCCCUUCCCCGCCAUACGCGGCCCCGCGGAGCGGCGGAGCCCGAUCCAGGGGGGGAGUUCGGGAAGGGAGGAUGCGAUGGGAAGGGGCGGCAAGUCGCGAUAUGUCGCGAUAGGUCGCGACCUCCCGCCCGCCCCCUCUUGGCCCCCCCCGACCCCCCGUUCCCGGCCCCGCGCGCGCCGCCCGCGCUCACCGCCAGCGCCGCCGCGCCCCGCCCACUUCCUGCGCAGGACACGCCCACUUCCGCUCCGCUCCCUGCGCCGGCAGCUGGCGGUGCCAGUGAUCCCCUGGCGUGGAUACCGCGGGGAUUCCCCCUCGGAUUCCGGGAAGGACGUGCUGGAGAUCCCGCUGCCCCCCUGGCAGGAGCGUCCCGAGGAGCCGCUGGACACCAAGAGGGCCCGGCUGCUCUACGAGAGCAGGAAAAGGGGGAUGCUGGAAAACUGCAUCCUGCUCAGCCUCUUUGCCAAGGAAAACUUGGGCAGGAUGAGCGAGGAGCAGCUGAACCGCUACGACCGGCUCAUCAACGAGCCCAGUAACGACUGGGACAUCUAUUACUGGGCAACUGAAGCCAAGCCGGCUCCAGCGGAAUUCGAGCACGACGUGCUGGACAUGCUGCGGGAAUUCGCCAAGAACAGGAACAGGGAGCAGCGGCUGCGGCAGCCGGACCUGGAGUACCUGUUUGAGCCCCCACCCUGACCCCUCCAGGGACAGGGGGAUCUGUGGAAUCGCUGCCGCCUUCCCUGUGGUUCUCCUCCUCUCCCGGCAGCCUCUGGACACUGUGGAAUGCUGGAAUGCUGAAUAAAGCCGGGGCUGCUGGCCCUGCUUCCCUACA